GGGAGGGAAGAGUGAAAGCAAAGCCGACGGUGUAGCACUGGGGCUUGAAGCGAGUGGGUGAGCCUGCCCGGACGGCCGGCCAGCGAGAAGCGCUGCGGGAUUAGCGUGUCUCGUCGUCUUCCUCCUCCUCUUCCUCGUUGGCGUCUGUGCGAAAGCAUCGCAGCUGCUGCUGCUGCUGUUGUUGUGGCUGGCCGAGCAACAACCCCCCCCCCCCACCAUCGGCCUUCGGAGAUGCUGCGAGCGAUUUAAGUCAACGAGCCCAUGAGGAUGACAUAAAAGAAAGAGAGGUGCUUUGUGGUGGUUGAGGAGGGGGGGGGGUGUGAAGAAGGAAAAAGCCUCCACCCCGUGGCUGUCGAAAAAGACUUUCUCGUUGGACAAGAGAAGGCUGUUUUAUCAAGAAAAAGGAAAGGAAAAGCCAAGCAAAACCGGGCGCUUUGCGAAAUACGCGUUCGCGCGCGCGUUUGCAGUAUACCUGUGGACUGUUCCGUUUAUUAUUUUCGUUUUUUUUCCUCUCCCCCCCCCCCCCCCCCCGAAGAAAUGAAUGAAAAUGCGUCAAAGAGCCUUGCUGUUGAUUUUCAUUUCGUCGCCGACUACGACGAAGUGAACGCCGCGCUGUUCGCGAACUAAAGAGAGAAAAGAUAGUGAAGGAAUGAGUGUUCAGCAGAAGACGAAGACGACGACGACGAGAACGACGAAGAAGUGAAAAAAAAAAGAAUUGCGCACCGCUGGGCCAUUUAAACUUACCCCUGGGGAUACAAACGUGCUCGCCCGCCACUCGCUAGCACACACCACCACACCACCACCAACAACAACAACAACACCACCACCACCAACAACACCACCACAACCCCACCAACAACAACACCACCACCAACACCACGACAGCUUCGCAAACAACACUUCUGCCCCGGCUGCGGUCUCUCUUGCUCCGGCGCUCAUCAUCUGCGUGCUUGCGAGCGCACCGGGUGGUGGUGGUGGUGGGUUGGGGGGUGAUGGGUGGCUGAGUGGUGGGGCUGCUGCUGCUGGUGGUGGGUUGGGGGGGUGAUGGGUGGCUGAGUGGUGGGGCUGCUGCUGCUGCUGGUGGUCACAGCGAGCGCACGAGGGAAGGCGGAAGGACCCCGCGGGUGCACGGGGAGGGGGUUGGAACAGAGAUCAUCGGCGGCUGCAGUAGCAGCAGCGGCAGCAGCAGCGACUGCCAGGUGGUGACUUGCUGCUACGGUCUUAUCUGCUGCACAGCUCUUCUCGGACAUUUGGAAGUUUAAAUAACCAAAAAAACCUUCUAACCCUCCCCCCCUGUCCCCCCCGAGAGAUAUUGGGGGAGCUCCCCCACCGAACGACGAGCAAGAGGGUUUUUUUUUUGGGGGGGGGGGGUGUGUGAUGGAAGCGAACGAAUGAUUGAGAGCUCCACACACAACAAACUCUGCCUGGGAAGAGGCUCGCGGGCCGUGCCAGGGUUCGUUUCAACCGGACAAAGGGGAGGAGGAGGAGGGGGGCAGUGAAAAGACUUUUUUCGAGCGGCAAAAACAGCAAUUGUUGUUCGUGCACCGACCGUCGUCGAGAAAUAAGAAACGAGGACAUCGACAAAAAAAAUCGCUGCCGCAACAGCAGCACCACCAGCCGCCUCCUCGAACUCCGCAACGUUCGAAGUGACGGCGCUAACGAAUGGAAGUCAUCAUCUUCAGAAAGCUGCAGCUUGCGCCCGCCACACUCUCGGAGCAGCCUCCAAACGAAGGGGGCAGCAGCAGCAGCAGCUGCGCGAAUGAAACGCGAAUUUGGAAUUACGCGAACGAGCAAGAGAGAGAUCAACCUCGCCAGAAAUACCAAGAGCUACACUUAAACCCAUCGCCGCUUGAAUGAGAAGGAAAACGCAGUAAGUUUUAUCGAUACGGUUUUUUUUUGUUGUUCUUCAUCUAAGAACGAUUUUUUUUUUUUGCUGCGUGUGUAAAGUACAUCCUCUGCGAAUAAGAACAAACGACAAAGCAUAUUGAACAAACAAAAAAAGUACAUCUAUCCGAGGAAUAACGUAACGGGGACGUAGAAGACGCCAGUAAACCCGUUGUUUUUGUGCGUGCGCGCAAGCUCAUUUUGGUGAACACGGCACGGGGACCCCCCCCACCCCUCCUGUCAUUCCUCGUGAUGUAGAGAGAGAAAGAGCUGAGAGCAAGGACGCGCUCCUAUGAAAAGGUUCCACACGCAGCCAUUUUGCUGCAAAGAAAACCGCCCUGCCGUCAAAAAGAUGUGGUCGGUACGUGUUGGACUGACAUAAUAGCUGUCGCGUAAUUUAUUUGCCAAGUUUCGACGGACUGCGGCUAAAAAAAUAACCCACCCCCCAUGGACCAUACAUAUGCGGAGCAAUGCAUCUUUGUGGACGGCGAGUGGAAAGUUGUACAGCACUCUUCAAUGCACACUGCAAUGUACAUAGAUUUAGAAAAUUAUGAACGUUGUCGGCGAGCUUUUAGAAUCUUCUCUUGCUGCUUUAAUCAGUUGCAUUAAUGAUGACGUCAGAUUUGGAGAUUCCAAGGCAAAUAUCCGAGCUCCGGUUGCCAACGUCUAUCACGCAAUCUGUGACUCUGCUGUGCCUCUUUGCCAUGGUUGUGACUUUAUUACCACCAGUCAAGGGGCAGACCUGUCCAGCUGUGUGCUCAUGCACGCAGCAGUUCAACCGUGUCAUCUGCUCCCGCAAGGGGCUGAAUCAGGUGCCCAGUGGCAUCUCCAACACGGCGAGGGUUCUGAACCUGCAGGAGAAUAGCCUCAAGAUGGUGCAAGCAGACAGCUUCAGAAAUCUGCACAGGUUGGAGGUGCUGCAGUUAGCGCGCAAUGCCAUUCGGCAAGUGGAGGUGGGGGCUUUCAAUGGGCUGACGAGCCUGACCACUCUGGAGCUUCUUGACAACAGGCUUACGGCCAUUCCCAGCGGAGCCUUUGAAUUCCUUUCAAAGCUGCGUGACCUGUGGCUAAGGAACAACCCCAUCGAAGACAUCUCGGCAUAUACAUUCACCCGCAUCCCGUCGUUGCAGCGGCUGGACCUGGGAGAGCUGACAAAGCUGCAGUUUAUAUCGAAUGAAGCAUUCGAGGGCCUCAGCAACCUGCGCUACCUGAACCUGGGCAUGUGCAACCUGCGUGAAGUGCCGAAACUCUCUCCACUGGUAAGACUGGAGGAACUGGAACUCUCGGGGAACCGAAUUGAGGUCCUGAGGCCAGGGUCUUUCCAGGGCCUCGCCAACCUCCGCAAGCUGUGGAUCAUGCACUCCGAGGUGCGACUGGUGGAGAGGAAUGCGUUUGAUGAGCUGCAGUCCCUGAAAGAGCUGAACUUGGCGCACAAUAGCCUCAUGUCUCUGCCACAUGACUUGUUCAGCCCUUUACAGAAGCUGGAGCGGGUCCAUCUGCACCACAACCCGUGGACGUGCGACUGCGACAUUCUCUGGCUCAGCUGGUGGCUCAGGGAGAACGUACCCAACAACGCCACCUGCUGCGCACGCUGCGCCUUACCUGCGGACCGCAAGGCAAUUAACCUUUGGGAGCUGGACUCCAGCAGAUUUACUUGCUACCCUCCAUUAAUCGAGGUUCCUCCGUCAGACGUGAAUAUCAGCGAGGGAAUGGCAGCCGAGCUGAGAUGUCGAGCGCCAUCAUCUGCAAGUUCCGUGACGUGGAUCACCCCAAACGGCACGUCAAUGACGCAUGGAUCUUACAAAAUUAGGAUUUCUGUUUUGCACGAUGGGACUUUGAAUUUUACGAACGUUACUGUGCAAGACACGGGGAUUUACACUUGUCUCGUGGCCAAUUCUGUUGGCAACUCUACUGCUUCGGCAACAUUGAAUGUGACAGCACCGGACACGGGCACCAAUGGAUAUACCUAUUUCACCACCGUGACGGUUGAGACGAGCGAACCGACGCGCGGCGGUGCCAGGGACGGCAAGGGGUUCACGCACUCCCCGCGUUUGACCACCACGCCGUUUUCCCUGAACGGGCCGUCGGAUGAGACCGCCGUGGGCACACGGCCAGCGGCCGUCUCGGUGAGCCCCGGGGACGAGGCGUCCACGGCAGGGCUCGACGAGGUCAUGAAGACCACCAAGAUCAUCAUCGGAUGCUUCGUGGCCAUCACGCUCAUGGCGGCCGCCAUGCUGGUCAUCUUCUACAAGCUGCGCAAGCAGCACCACCGUCAGGGGCGGCACAUGAUCCAGGCACGUGCCAUCGAAAUCAUCAACGUGGACGAGGACGUGGGGGCCGGCGCCAGCGGGACUCUGGGAGGUCGGCAUACGCAGCAGCACAACCCGCACUACCUUCACCAUGCCUCGCCGCUGGGCCUGGACCUUUCGCUGGGAUCGCCCAAGCAGAAAAAUCACGACGGGGUCAUUAACCCCACAGGGCUCUACAGCACAUACAAGCCCAUGUACGGCUACAGCAACCACAUGGGGACUCUCAAUCACACAGCGGUCAACUCAUUUCACCAUUCCAUACAUGAACCUUUACUGAUACGUACAAACUCGAAAGAGAAUGUUCAGGAAACGCAAAUAUAAUUGCAGGUUGGGACUAAUGUAUGUACGUACGUAUGCGUGAAAGGACUACGUGGGUUUUAAUUGUGCAAAAACUCAAAUAUCUUGUAAAAGAUUUAUUUUAUUCAAAGAAAUAUAAGGAUGUGGUCACAAUGUCCUGAUAAGGUGGCCUAUGUAAGAUUAACUGGUCAAUUUGCCAAUUAAACCUCUGUUUUAUAUAAAAGUACAGUUCUUACAAGGUAAGUUAGUUAUGAAACAGUUGUGGAGAUAUACAUUGUUAUUAGUUAAUUUGGUGAAGUGAUGUACGACUACUACACAACAAUAUGCGUCUUUUAAACAUUUAAAAAAGACACAAUUUGUAGCAUUUGUCACAUUACCAAAGUUUAUUUUUAUGUUGUCAGAUCAUCAAGCAUCUAUUCCAUGUGAAGUUUGAAUAUUUACAAAUGUAAUUAUGAACUGAUUUGUAGUAGACAUGCCAAUAGAAUUAAAUAAAAAAUUGAUAGUUUUCAAACACUGA